ACCCCCCGCGCGCCCUCCCGGCACCCCCCGCGCGCCUUCCCGGCACCCCCCGCGCCGCCUCCCUGCCCUUCGCGGCGGCCGAGAUGGCGACGGCCACCCGCAUCAUCCAGCGGCUCCGCAACUUCGCGGCGGGGCGGGACCUCCAGGCCAAGCUGUCGCUGCGCUACACCGAGAUCUCCAAGAGAACUCAGCCACCACCUCGGCUCCCCGUGGGUCCCAGCCACAAGUUCGCAAAUAACUAUUAUUGCACCCGCGAUGGACGCAGAGAGGCUUUCCCGCCAAUUGUUGUCACGUCAGCACAGAAAACCCUUGCCGCAGGGGCUCAGGCUGGCAGUUCAGGGUCUGCAGUGACAACAGCUGAGAAAAAACCGGUGACACCAGGGCCAGUACUUGAGAAGUGGGAGCUUUCAAAAGACCAGCCUUAUUUGUGAGAAAUAAAUACGAUGAGGCUGGAGAUGCUGGAUGUACAGGUAAUAGCUCAUUAAGAAGCAGCACUGUGAUGUGGAAGCCCACGUUGGAUUUAACUACCACGACGCUGUCUGUAUUGAAUGUAUCCUAGUUUUGCUUGUGCAUGACUAAUAAAUAUAUUUAAAGCUG